CCGCGGGUGGGGGACGUUCCCAGGACGGAAGUGGCCGAGAGAGUGUCGAAGGGAGGGCGAGGCCCGAGCCCGAGGGCGACCCGAGAAGCGGCGGGGCGGCGGGCCGGCGGGCGGGGCGCAGAGCCAGGCAGCGCAGGUACCCUGUGCUUCAACCAGCCUGCCUGCUCACUUCCCUGAAUGCUCCUCCACGAUUUACUGCUUCUCCAUCUUUGCUUAUGCUAUUUCUCUGCCUGGAGUGAAAACUACCCCUGACACAUCUCCAGCUGGCUGGCGUAGUGGAGAAAGCUUGGGCUUUGCAGUCAGAAACCUGGGUUCGGAUCCUGGCUUCACAACUUAUUAUUUGGAGAAGUAUUUGAACAAGUAUUUAACAUCUUUGAGUCUGUUUUCUGAUCUGUAAAAAUGGAAAUAAUGACACCUACUGUAAGGGUUAAAUGAAAUUAUGUAUACAAUGCAAGUGACAUAGAGUCAAUAAAUGGCAGAUCACUAUUGUUUUUUAUUAUCUCUAUUUUUUAAAAUUCUAGCUUCAAAUGAUACCUAUCAUGGAGACUUUUUGCUUCCCCUUCCCUGACCUAAAGGGAUCUCUCUGAGCACACACCUUUUGGCUCUUACCACAUCCUGCCCUCUGUUGUGAUUCUGUACUUGGCUUAUUCACUCAUCUCGUGGACUGGGAGCCCUUUGAACUCAAAGGCUAGGUCUUACUGAUCUUGGUCCCCAGCCACUGAAAGUUUGGCCCAGGGUCUUCCCCACAGCUGGCCCUCAAGGAAUGCUUGCUGGGUGAAUGGAGAAUGUCUACAUAAUGGGAGGAGAGACACUGGGUGCCGGGUGUGCUUGUUAUGGAGGUUAUCUGUGCAAAAGCUGUGUGCAUAGGAUGGGCUCCCUAGGAGAAGAUAACGCAGUCGUGAUGGGAUCUGUGUGGGGGCUGUGUGAUUGAGAUAAUGUGUGUAUAGAGAGAGUAAGGUAGCUUUGUGGGAGAGAGCUCUGCCUAGGCUGGGGUGCAUCUGGGGAGAAUGAGUGUGCAUGUGAGUAUGGAGGGGCUGUACUGGGGGAAGUUCUGUGCAGCCCUUCAGCUAGCUGCCCAGUCCAGCUCUAAAUGAGUCUCCAGCAGCCUGAGGCCGGAUAUGUCAGUCUCACCCACGGCCCUCCCCCACUGCCAGCGGUUGCGGACUCAGAGGCCAAAUUUGGUAACAGACUGAGUGUUACUCCCCCAUCCCUCUUAUAUUCUGACUGUCUUAAGCUCUUUCCUUUUGUUCCUGUCUGUAACUCCCUAUCUUUCUGCAAUUCCCCUUGUGGGUGUCUGCUCUGACUAUAUUCUCCAAGUACCCCAACUUUCUUAGCUCCAGUACUCUUACAUUCCAUUCCUUGCUGGGAUUUGACCUCCUGUCCUCCAUUCCCCCCCUCCAAUUGCCCAACUUCUUUGGAAUGCAUCGCAGGAAUGUACUGAGGGAGGAGGAGUUCCCUGGGAGGGGGACACGGCGGUGGGGAGUUGCUGUUCCAUCAAACACAAUGGAAAAGGGAGCAAAGUUCUCAGGCCAAAGGAGGAAUGAGCUAGCUUCUACUCAUACUUGUAGCAGCCUUGUUCUUUGCCACCACCACCCCCAAUUCACUGAUCAGUUCUUCGCGUCCACUCACCCUCUUGUAGCUGUGUGAAUAUCCACUCUGGACCAGCUGGGGAAUAAGGGUAGGCAUGACUCAGCUCCCUUAUCGGGGUCUCACCAGAGGCUUCCGUGCUUGAGGAGGAAGAGGGUGUCUAAGUGUCCGGAGGAAAUGGGGGGAGACAUGCAGUUUCAGCUUAGUGUGAAGGGUCCUUUCAGUCCUGCUUCUUGGCUCCACAGACUCCUCCAGCUUCUCGGAUCCUCCAGCCCAGCCCUCAUUCUUUCAUGGUCAGCAACCCCAUAGCCAGGUAUAGCCAGGCUGGAGAAAAGAAGCUGCCACCAUGGUUGCACUUUCACUGAAGAUCAGCAUUGGGAAUGUGGUGAAGACGAUGCAGUUUGAGCCGUCUACCAUGGUGUACGACGCCUGCCGCAUCAUUCGUGAGCGGAUCCCAGAGGCCCCGGCUGGUCCUCCCAGCGACUUUGGGCUCUUUCUGUCAGAUGAUGACCCCAAAAAGGGUAUAUGGCUGGAGGCUGGGAAAGCUUUGGACUACUACAUGCUCCGAAAUGGGGACACUAUGGAGUACAGGAAGAAACAGAGACCCCUGAAGAUCCGUAUGCUGGAUGGAACUGUGAAGACGAUCAUGGUGGAUGACUCUAAGACUGUCACUGACAUGCUCAUGACCAUCUGUGCCCGCAUUGGCAUCACCAAUCAUGAUGAAUAUUCAUUGGUUCGAGAGCUGAUGGAAGAGAAAAAGGAGGAAGUAACAGGGACCUUAAGAAAGGACAAGACAUUGCUGCGAGAUGAAAAGAAGAUGGAGAAACUAAAGCAGAAAUUGCACACAGAUGAUGAGUUGAACUGGCUGGACCAUGGUCGGACACUGAGGGAGCAGGGUGUAGAGGAGCACGAGACGCUGCUGCUGCGGAGGAAGUUCUUUUACUCAGACCAGAAUGUGGAUUCCCGGGACCCUGUACAGCUGAACCUCCUGUAUGUGCAGGCACGAGAUGACAUCCUGAAUGGCUCCCACCCUGUCUCCUUUGACAAGGCCUGUGAGUUUGCUGGCUUCCAAUGCCAGAUCCAGUUUGGGCCCCACAAUGAGCAGAAGCACAAGGCUGGCUUCCUCGACCUGAAGGACUUCCUGCCCAAGGAGUAUGUGAAGCAGAAGGGAGAGCGUAAGAUCUUCCAGGCACACAAGAAUUGCGGGCAGAUGAGUGAGAUUGAGGCCAAGGUCCGCUACGUGAAGCUAGCCCGUUCUCUCAAGACUUACGGUGUCUCCUUCUUCCUGGUGAAGGAAAAAAUGAAAGGGAAGAACAAGCUAGUGCCCAGGCUUCUGGGCAUCACCAAGGAGUGUGUGAUGCGAGUGGAUGAGAAGACCAAGGAAGUGAUCCAGGAGUGGAACCUCACCAACAUCAAACGCUGGGCUGCCUCUCCCAAAAGCUUCACCCUGGAUUUUGGAGAUUACCAAGAUGGCUAUUACUCAGUACAGACAACUGAAGGGGAGCAGAUUGCACAGCUCAUUGCCGGCUACAUCGAUAUCAUCCUGAAGAAGAAAAAAAGCAAGGAUCACUUUGGGCUGGAAGGAGAUGAGGAGUCUACUAUGCUGGAGGACUCAGUGUCCCCCAAAAAGUCAACAGUCCUGCAGCAGCAAUACAACCGGGUGGGGAAAGUGGAGCAUGGCUCUGUGGCCCUGCCUGCCAUCAUGCGCUCUGGAGCCUCUGGUCCCGAGAAUUUCCAGGUGGGCAGCAUGCCCCCUGCCCAGCAGCAGAUUACCAGCGGCCAGAUGCACCGAGGACACAUGCCUCCUCUGACUUCGGCCCAGCAGGCACUCACUGGAACCAUUAACUCCAGCAUGCAGGCCGUGCAGGCUGCCCAGGCCACCCUGGAUGACUUUGACACUCUGCCGCCUCUUGGCCAGGAUGCUGCCUCUAAGGCCUGGCGUAAAAACAAGAUGGAUGAAUCAAAGCAUGAGAUCCACUCUCAGGUAGAUGCCAUCACAGCUGGUACUGCGUCUGUGGUGAACCUGACAGCAGGGGACCCUGCUGAGACAGACUAUACCGCAGUGGGCUGUGCAGUCACCACAAUCUCCUCCAACCUGACGGAGAUGUCCCGUGGGGUGAAGCUGCUGGCUGCUUUGCUGGAGGACGAAGGCGGCAGUGGCCGGCCCCUGUUGCAGGCAGCAAAGGGCCUUGCGGGAGCAGUGUCAGAACUGCUGCGCAGUGCCCAACCAGCCAGUGCUGAGCCCCGUCAGAACCUGCUGCAAGCAGCUGGGAACGUGGGCCAGGCCAGUGGGGAGCUGUUGCAACAAAUUGGGGAAAGUGAUACUGACCCCCACUUCCAGGAUGUGCUAAUGCAGCUCGCCAAAGCUGUGGCAAGUGCUGCAGCUGCCCUGGUCCUCAAGGCCAAGAGUGUGGCCCAGCGGACAGAGGACUCGGGACUUCAGACCCAAGUUAUUGCUGCAGCAACACAGUGUGCCCUAUCCACUUCCCAACUAGUGGCCUGUACUAAGGUGGUGGCACCUACAAUCAGCUCACCUGUCUGCCAAGAGCAACUGGUGGAGGCUGGACGACUGGUAGCCAAAGCCGUGGAGGGCUGUGUGUCUGCCUCCCAGGCAGCUACAGAGGAUGGGCAACUGUUGCGAGGGGUAGGAGCAGCAGCCACAGCUGUCACCCAGGCCCUAAAUGAGCUGCUGCAGCAUGUGAAAGCCCAUGCCACAGGGGCUGGGCCUGCUGGUCGUUAUGACCAGGCUACUGACACCAUUCUAACCGUCACUGAGAACAUCUUUAGCUCCAUGGGUGAUGCUGGGGAGAUGGUGCGACAGGCCCGCAUCCUGGCCCAAGCCACAUCUGACCUGGUCAAUGCCAUCAAGGCUGAUGCUGAGGGGGAAAGUGAUCUGGAGAACUCCCGCAAGCUCUUAAGUGCUGCCAAGAUCCUAGCUGAUGCCACAGCCAAGAUGGUAGAGGCUGCCAAGGGAGCAGCCGCCCACCCUGACAGUGAGGAGCAGCAGCAGCGGCUGCGGGAGGCAGCUGAGGGGCUGCGCAUGGCCACCAAUGCAGCCGCGCAGAAUGCCAUCAAGAAAAAGCUGGUGCAGCGCCUGGAGCAUGCAGCCAAGCAGGCUGCAGCCUCAGCCACACAGACCAUCGCUGCAGCUCAGCACGCAGCCUCUACCCCCAAGGCCUCUGCUGGCCCCCAGCCCCUGCUGGUGCAGAGCUGCAAGGCAGUGGCAGAGCAGAUUCCACUGCUGGUGCAGGGCGUCCGAGGAAGCCAAGCCCAGCCUGACAGCCCCAGCGCUCAGCUUGCCCUCAUUGCUGCCAGCCAGAGCUUCCUGCAGCCAGGUGGGAAGAUGGUGGCAGCUGCAAAGGCCUCAGUGCCAACGAUUCAGGACCAGGCUUCAGCCAUGCAGCUGAGUCAGUGUGCCAAGAACCUGGGCACCGCGCUGGCUGAACUCCGGACGGCUGCCCAGAAGGCUCAGGAAGCAUGUGGACCUUUGGAGAUGGAUUCUGCACUGAGUGUGGUACAGAAUCUAGAGAAAGAUCUACAGGAAGUGAAGGCAGCAGCUCGAGAUGGCAAGCUUAAACCCUUACCUGGGGAGACAAUGGAGAAGUGUACCCAGGACCUGGGCAACAGCACCAAAGCCGUGAGCUCAGCCAUCGCCCAGCUACUGGGAGAGGUUGCCCAGGGCAAUGAGAAUUAUGCAGGUAUUGCAGCUCGGGAUGUGGCAGGUGGGCUGCGGUCACUGGCCCAGGCCGCUAGGGGAGUCGCUGCACUGACGUCAGAUCCUGCAGUGCAGGCCAUUGUACUUGAUACGGCCAGUGAUGUGCUAGACAAGGCCAGCAGCCUCAUUGAGGAGGCGAAAAAGGCAGCUGGCCAUCCAGGGGACCCUGAGAGCCAGCAGCGGCUUGCCCAGGUGGCUAAAGCAGUGACCCAGGCUCUGAACCGCUGUGUCAGCUGCCUACCUGGCCAGCGCGAUGUGGAUAAUGCCCUGAGGGCAGUUGGAGAUGCCAGCAAGCGACUCCUGAGUGACUCGCUUCCUCCUAGCACUGGGACAUUUCAAGAAGCUCAGAGCCGGUUGAAUGAAGCUGCUGCUGGACUGAAUCAGGCAGCCACAGAACUGGUGCAGGCCUCUCGGGGAACCCCUCAGGACCUGGCUCGAGCCUCAGGCCGAUUUGGACAGGACUUCAGCACCUUCCUGGAAGCUGGUGUGGAGAUGGCAGGCCAGGCUCCGAGCCAGGAGGACCGAGCCCAAGUUGUGUCCAACUUGAAGGGCAUCUCCAUGUCUUCAAGCAAACUUCUUCUGGCUGCCAAGGCCCUGUCCACGGACCCUGCUGCCCCUAACCUCAAGAGUCAGCUGGCUGCAGCUGCCAGGGCAGUAACUGACAGCAUCAAUCAGCUCAUCACUAUGUGCACCCAGCAGGCACCCGGCCAGAAGGAGUGUGAUAACGCCCUGCGGGAAUUGGAGACGGUCCGGGAACUCCUGGAGAACCCAGUCCAGCCCAUCAAUGACAUGUCCUACUUUGGUUGCCUGGACAGUGUAAUGGAGAACUCAAAGGUGCUGGGCGAGGCCAUGACUGGCAUCUCCCAAAAUGCCAAGAACGGAAACCUGCCAGAGUUUGGAGAUGCCAUUUCCACAGCCUCAAAGGCACUUUGUGGCUUCACCGAGGCAGCUGCACAGGCUGCAUAUCUGGUUGGUGUCUCUGACCCCAAUAGCCAAGCUGGACAGCAAGGGCUAGUGGAGCCCACACAGUUUGCCCGUGCAAACCAGGCAAUUCAGAUGGCCUGCCAGAGUUUGGGAGAGCCUGGCUGUACCCAGGCCCAGGUGCUCUCCGCAGCCACCAUUGUGGCUAAACACACCUCUGCGCUGUGUAACAGCUGUCGCCUGGCUUCUGCCCGUACCACCAAUCCUACUGCCAAGCGCCAGUUUGUACAGUCAGCCAAGGAGGUGGCCAACAGCACAGCUAAUCUUGUCAAGACCAUCAAGGCGCUAGAUGGGGCCUUCACAGAGGAGAACCGUGCCCAGUGCCGAGCAGCAACAGCCCCUCUGCUGGAGGCUGUGGACAAUCUGAGUGCGUUUGCGUCCAACCCUGAGUUCUCCAGCAUUCCUGCCCAGAUCAGCCCUGAGGGUCGGGCUGCCAUGGAGCCCAUUGUGAUCUCUGCCAAGACAAUGUUAGAGAGUGCCGGGGGACUCAUCCAGACAGCCCGGGCCCUUGCAGUCAAUCCCCGGGACCCCCCGAGCUGGUCGGUGCUGGCCGGCCACUCCCGUACUGUCUCAGACUCCAUCAAGAAGCUAAUUACAAGCAUGAGGGACAAGGCUCCAGGGCAGCUGGAGUGUGAAACGGCCAUUGCAGCUCUGAACAGUUGUCUACGGGACCUAGACCAGGCUUCCCUCGCUGCAGUCAGCCAGCAGCUUGCUCCCCGUGAGGGAAUCUCUCAAGAGGCCUUGCACACUCAGAUGCUCACUGCAGUACAAGAGAUCUCCCAUCUCAUUGAGCCGCUGGCCAAUGCUGCCCGGGCUGAAGCCUCCCAGCUGGGACACAAGGUGUCCCAGAUGGCCCAGUACUUUGAGCCGCUCACCCUGGCUGCAGUGGGUGCUGCCUCCAAGACCCUGAGCCACCCGCAGCAGAUGGCACUCCUGGACCAGACUAAAACAUUGGCAGAGUCUGCCCUGCAGUUGCUAUACACUGCCAAGGAGGCUGGUGGUAACCCAAAGCAAGCAGCUCACACCCAGGAAGCCCUGGAGGAGGCUGUGCAGAUGAUGACAGAGGCCGUAGAGGACCUGACAACAACCCUCAACGAGGCAGCCAGUGCUGCUGGGGUCGUGGGUGGCAUGGUGGACUCCAUCACCCAGGCCAUCAACCAGCUAGAUGAAGGACCAAUGGGUGAACCAGAAGGUUCCUUCGUGGAUUACCAAACAACUAUGGUGCGGACAGCCAAGGCCAUUGCAGUGACCGUUCAGGAGAUGGUUACCAAGUCAAACACCAGCCCGGAGGAGCUGGGCCCUCUUGCUAACCAGCUGACCAGUGACUAUGGCCGUCUGGCCUCGGAGGCCAAGCCUGCAGCGGUGGCUGCUGAAAAUGAAGAGAUAGGUUCCCAUAUCAAACACCGGGUACAGGAGCUGGGCCAUGGCUGUGCCGCUCUGGUCACCAAGGCAGGCGCCCUGCAGUGCAGCCCCAGUGAUGCCUACACCAAGAAGGAGCUCAUAGAGUGUGCCCGGAGAGUCUCUGAGAAGGUCUCCCACGUCCUGGCUGCGCUCCAGGCUGGGAAUCGUGGCACCCAGGCCUGCAUCACAGCAGCCAGCGCUGUGUCUGGUAUCAUUGCUGACCUUGACACCACCAUCAUGUUCGCCACUGCUGGCACGCUCAAUCGCGAGGGUACUGAAACUUUCGCUGACCACCGGGAGGGCAUCCUGAAGACUGCGAAGGUGCUGGUGGAGGACACCAAGGUCCUGGUGCAAAACGCAGCUGGGAGCCAGGAGAAGUUGGCGCAGGCUGCCCAGUCCUCCGUGGUGACCAUCACCCGCCUCGCUGAUGUGGUCAAGCUGGGUGCAGCCAGCCUGGGAGCUGAGGACCCUGAGACCCAGGUGGUACUAAUCAACGCAGUGAAAGAUGUAGCCAAAGCCCUGGGAGACCUCAUCAGUGCAACGAAGGCUGCAGCUGGCAAAGUUGGAGAUGACCCUGCUGUGUGGCAGCUAAAGAACUCUGCCAAGGUGAUGGUGACCAAUGUGACAUCAUUGCUUAAGACAGUAAAAGCCGUGGAAGAUGAGGCCACCAAAGGCACUCGGGCCCUGGAGGCAACCACAGAACACAUACGGCAGGAGCUGGCGGUUUUCUGUUCCCCAGAGCCACCUGCCAAGACCUCUACCCCAGAAGACUUCAUCCGAAUGACCAAGGGUAUCACCAUGGCAACAGCCAAGGCCGUUGCUGCUGGCAAUUCCUGUCGCCAGGAAGAUGUCAUUGCCACAGCCAAUCUGAGCCGCCGUGCUAUUGCAGAUAUGCUUCGGGCUUGCAAGGAAGCAGCUUACCACCCAGAAGUGGCCCCUGAUGUGCGGCUUCGAGCCCUGCACUAUGGCCGGGAGUGUGCCAAUGGCUACCUGGAACUGCUGGACCAUGUACUGCUGACCCUGCAGAAGCCAAGCCCGGAACUGAAGCAGCAGUUGACAGGACAUUCAAAGCGUGUGGCUGGUUCCGUCACUGAGCUCAUCCAGGCUGCUGAAGCCAUGAAGGGAACAGAAUGGGUAGACCCAGAGGACCCCACAGUCAUUGCUGAGAAUGAGCUCCUGGGAGCUGCAGCCGCCAUUGAGGCUGCAGCCAAAAAGCUAGAGCAGCUGAAGCCCCGGGCCAAACCCAAGGAGGCAGAUGAGUCCUUGAACUUUGAGGAGCAGAUACUAGAAGCUGCCAAGUCCAUUGCAGCAGCCACCAGUGCACUGGUAAAGGCUGCGUCGGCUGCCCAGAGAGAACUAGUGGCCCAAGGGAAGGUGGGUGCCAUUCCAGCCAAUGCACUGGACGAUGGGCAGUGGUCCCAGGGCCUCAUUUCUGCUGCCCGGAUGGUGGCUGCGGCCACCAACAAUCUGUGUGAGGCAGCCAAUGCAGCUGUACAAGGCCAUGCCAGCCAGGAGAAGCUCAUCUCAUCAGCCAAGCAGGUAGCUGCCUCCACAGCCCAGCUCCUUGUGGCCUGCAAGGUCAAGGCUGACCAGGACUCAGAGGCAAUGAAACGACUUCAGGCUGCUGGCAAUGCAGUGAAGCGAGCCUCAGAUAAUCUGGUGAAAGCAGCACAGAAGGCUGCAGCCUUCGAAGAGCAGGAGAAUGAGACAGUGGUGGUGAAAGAGAAGAUGGUUGGCGGCAUUGCCCAGAUCAUCGCAGCACAGGAAGAAAUGCUUCGGAAGGAACGAGAGCUGGAAGAGGCGCGGAAGAAACUGGCCCAGAUCCGGCAGCAGCAGUACAAGUUUCUGCCUUCAGAGCUUCGAGAUGAGCACUAAAGAAUCCGCUUCUAUUUAACGCAGACCCGGCCCAGAGACUGUGCGUGCCACUACCAAAGCCUUCUGGGCUGUCAGGGCCCAACCUGCCCAACCCCAGCACUCCCCAAAGUGCCUGCCAAACCCCAGGGCCUGGCCCCGCCCAGUCCCGCAGUACAUCCCCUGUCCCCUCCCCAACCCCAAGUGCCUUCAUGCCCUAGGGCCCCCCAAGUGCCUGCCCCUCCCCAGAGUAUUAACGCUCCAAGAGUAUUAUUAACGCUGCUGUACCUCGAUCUGAAUCUGCCGGGGCCCCAGCCCACUCCACCCUGCCAGCAGCUUCCAGCCAGUCCCCACAGCCUCAUCAGCUCUCUUCAUCGUUUUUUGAUACUAUCUUCCCCCACCCCCAGCUACCCAUGGGGGCUGCAGAGUUAUAAGCCCCAAACAGGUCAUGCUCCAAUAAAAAUGAUUCUACCUACAA